GCAUGUUCUUCAUUAUAUGGCAUUGGAGUUGGUGGGAGAGAGUUUCUCGUGCCCAGCAGAAAGAGAAAGUCUGCCGCGGACAGAGUGUCAGUUGAACGUGUGCCACCUUGCUGUUAUCACUGCUGCUGCUGCUACGGUCCACACCACUGUCACUUCCUCCACUCGCUCUCUCCUUCUCUCCUCAGUUGGCCUCCACAGACCAGUGCACCUCUGUGGUGUCCUCCUUCGUCGUUGAUUCCUGCUGAUUACUACCGGAGGAAAGACGAAGAACAAGGGAAGGUGGCUAGCGUGGAAUAAAAUGGUUCACUGAAUUCGAGUAGUUUCCUCUCCCUCCUCGUCUGCAAAGUUCAAAUAAAAGAAAUAUAAUAAGCAAGAUCUGUCUCUGCUGCCAAAUGCUGAAGCCAGCUAAAUAAGAAAUGUGUCAGAGGAGGCUCUACAUUUCUCCGUGCUCAAGUGCUUUUCCUCUGUAUCAAGACUAAGACUGUUAGACCACCGCUGAUGGUGCGGAGAAGAAGAAGAAGAGGAAGGGUUGGAAAUCCAAAAAUCAAUUGAAUUCGGAUUUAGUGAACACAUUCUUUGCUUUGCUACUGGAUUGGUGUGGAGCAAGAGGAGAGUGAAAUUUGUUGUACGUACACUUUCUUUCCUGUUCAGCUGGUCUUUCUCGUGCGGUUGGUUUGGUUUGGACUUUGCCUGCCAAUAAUAUUUGCUGGACCCAUCAAUCUAUAUCUUGAAGAGAUAACUCACUCUCUCCACUUGCUCAUCUCUCUCUCUCUCCCUGAAAAAGUAGAGGAGAAAGAAAGUUCCCCACUUUCCCCAACACUGUCGUUUGUGCAUCAGCAAAACACAUCUCUUCCUCGCUCACCUUGCUCUGUUUUUAUAUUUUAUAAAGGUCAAUAAAACGAAUAACACUCUCAGAAAGAGAGAGAUAGAGAUAGGUUCCCAUUAGCGGUAUCAGUGCCACUACACCAGUCCUGUCAACUUUAGCAGAGAUAACUCAUGACGGCCAUGGCAGUGGCAGAAAAAAGGAGGAGAACACAAGGAGGGUUUGAUUGAAUGAAUUGUAUAGAGGUUGGUUGAUGUAUAGCCUCCGUGCGAGUGUGUGGAAUAUAACAUUGGGAAAGGAAUCCCCCAAGAAAAGCUGCUUUAUUACUUGUUCUUCCUACUUUCUCUCUGUUUCCUGCCCACCGACCAAGUAGAACUCCUCUCUCUCGAUCUCUCCUCCACCGGAGGAAGACGCAGGUAGAAGCGAAAAAGAAUUCGAAAACGAACAAGAGUGCAAAGGGCAACAUCCAUCCGACCGACCACAGUUUACUACAGUUUACAUACGACAUUUCCACCCAGCACACACCAACUUGCUCAUUAUUCAUUCAAGAUCAAGAAACUUUACUCACUUCCGUUUCAUAAUCCAUCUGCUCUUGUUUCCAUUAUGGCCCACCAAUGAACGAACGUGUACUUUUGUCGUGUCCCAAUCCACCUCUCUCUCUGCCGACUGGUGUGUGCCUGCCUGAAUUAAAUUACUUUGUGAAUUAUUCCUCCAAUUCCAUUUGCAUUCCAUAGACGCACCCGACAAGGGCUUUGUAUUAAUACCACCGACGGAAUAAUAAUAAGCAAUAACAUUAAGCAAAGAGUGAAAUUAGAACAGCUCCUCACUGACUGAGACAAGGAAAAAAAGGGAGAACAAAUGGUGACACUGAUAUGUUUGUUUAUCCCUGCGAUACACAGGAGGUAGUGGUGUUUAAGUAAGAAUCGUCAUCAUUUUAUUGUAAAAGAAUAACAUUGUGUCGCUACAAUACUCCAGCCACAAUUUUUACAGACGACCCAAGCGCCGUGCAUGUAUGGCAAGGAAGCAAGGGUGGCAAGUAAACUUUGUCUGGUGGAGAGAAGAAGUGAAAGUUUUCACGAACUGAGUUUGUGCUGAAUGCGAAAUCUUUCGUAGUGAAACUUAAACUUCACAGUCAGAGCGGAGUGAGGGGAGAAAGUAGUCGUGUCACAUCCACUGCACACUCUUCUCCUCGUUCCUUCCUAAACUGUCAGGAUUUCAUUUCCCUUCACUUUUACCUGCUCUGUGGCACCAUCGCCCUCAACCAAAACUAAACCAACCCAAACAAGCUCAGAUUCAGGUUCUUCUUUCCUGGAGGUGCUUUCACUUCUCAAAUUGGAAAAAGUGGCCGAGACAGGAGCAGCCAGUUCCCAGUGGUGCACCGAUCAACAACAAUAACUUGCUAACAUUUACGCUCCUUUGUCCCAGGCGAAUGGGCGUCGAAAUUGUUUUAUUUCCUAAUUCUGGCUUCCUUGAAUAAGAAAUAGUCAGUUGGAUUUUUUUUUCGAUCCACCACGCACGUCGAGUAGUCGAUAAUGAUUUUUUCUCGGCUCUAAAACGACUUGGGACCACGAAGAGAAAAGAAAAAGAAGCACGUUGGUCGGAUUAGGAAAAGAAAAAAAGAGGAAGAAAAAGAUUUGCUUACGUGGACGACGUCGACUUGCUGCUGUUGGACGUGAUAAUGGAUUCUUCUCGUCAGUUGCAAUCAACAUUUGGAUUUUUAAGUAAGAUGUCUUGUCGAAUUUGGCUCGUUCCCUUUCUUUUCUUCGUCAUUAACAUGCAGCCUGCGUGGAGUAGCUCAGAAUCCGCAACAUUUCCAUACGAGACGGAGAGGCUAAGCUUAGACAAAGGAGAGUACCAGAGGCUCAUAAACGACUACCCAGUGAAUCGGGAACUGAUUCGAAGCAUUGGAUCGGAUUAUUAUCAGAUCGUGAAUGUAGUUCAACUCCGUCACCAUCAAUAUCUGGGAUUGUCAACCAGGGAAGGAAACAGUAAGUCGCAACGAUCACAACCGCAAGGAAUGCAGGCAACUCAGCAACUUGGCAGGACGGGAAAACAUUAUCAUAGAACCAGUUUUAUAAUCCAAGCGUUUAAUCACAAAUUCCGGCUGAUUCUGGAGCUCAACACGCCAUUAAUUGCACCAAAUGUGUUACAAAAACAUAUAUUUUCUGGAGCAGCUGAACAAAGGGAGAGAAAUGAGUUGGAAAUGUGUUAUUAUCACGGGAACGUUGAGGGACUGGAGUGGUCAGCAGCGGCCGUCCGAACGUGCAAUGGACUGUCCGGAAUAAUUCAUAUGGGGAAUGAAACGUUUAUCAUUCAUCCCUUUUACGGUGGAGACCUUUCCAACAACCACCCUCACAUCGUGUUCGAAGCAAAAUCCGUUGGUCGACAGACGUGUGGAAAUAAGCGAGGGUUUGAAUGGAACAUGCCCUCAGGAUUAGUCGGCGGUAGUAGCGAUUAUGUAGUUCGUCGAGGCGAGGACAAAGGACCCCAGCCCCAGUACUUCAUUGAAUUGGCCAUUCUGUUGGAUCGAGCUAUGUUCGACAAAAGAAAUGGGUCCACACGUCUUCAAGUAAUUCAUGAUGCCCUGCAGAUUGUCAACAUUGCUGAUUUGUACUUUCGAAAAUUGAAUACGGCCAUCUCCGUGGUGUAUGUGGAAACUUGGCAUCAAAAUAAUCAUCUUGGGGUGGAUCGAGUGGAUGACUUACGGCAAACUCUCGUUCGUCUAACUGAUUACUAUGGUCCACGGAGUUUGUUCAGCGUAAACAAAGAUUCCACAAUGCUGAUUUCCGGAAUCAAUUUUUCCGAGUCCGGCAUGGGUGUGCCAAUGUCCAUUUGUACACCCAAAGCGAUGGGAGUGAUAACGGAUGUAAGCAUUUACCAGCCUCAUAUUACUGGCGUUGCUUUGGCCCAUAUGAUCGGACAUAAUUUGAAUAUGGGACAUGACCAAGACGCUUCGGGUGAUGGAUGUCAUUGUCCCAAUUGGUACGGGUGCAUUAUGAGUGAGAAGAUAGUUGGGCAAGAUGGAAUCCAGCCGUACAGAUUUUCAGACUGUUCCAGAAAAUCAUAUUUCACAUCCAUAAAUUCCGGUCAUGCCAUGUGUCUAAUUAAUAUGCCGGGUAGAAUUGACCCGAUCCACAAAACUUGUGGAAACGGAGUCACCGAGCCAGGAGAAGAAUGUGAUUGUGGAUCCCUUCAGGAAUGUGCAAAGGACCCAUGUUGCGAACCAUUAGUGUGCAGGCUCAAAACCUCAGCUCAGUGUUCUACUGGAGGUCCGUGCUGCGAGAACUGCAGGUUCAAAGGAUCGGACAAUGUGUGUCGGCCAAAGCAAAGUGAAUGCGACAUUCCAGAGUACUGCACAGGACAAAGUGGUGAAUGUCCAUUAAACACCUACAAAAAAAAUGGGGCGCAAUGUGGAAAGAAUGAAGGAUAUUGCUUUAAUGGGUAUUGUCCAACAUUGGACGGUCAGUGCAAGCACAUUUGGGACGUUGCAGGGCGGAAAGCGGAUGACGCAUGCUACCAACAAUUCAACAUGGGUGGUCAUUAUAAUGGGCACUGUGGUCGUGACGUCUAUGGCGGAUAUCUAAAGUGCACUCGAUCCAACAUGAUGUGUGGGUCUCUUCAAUGUCAAGAUGGGACUUCAAACCCCAUACUACAAAGCACCUUAUCAAGCACAACUGUUUCUAGGAUUGUGCUCACACUUGAUAGACAAGAACACGAGUGCAAAAAUUUAAAUAGCCCGAAGGGUGAUUCUGCAGCCGCAAAUUUGGAACUGGUUCGAGACGGGACGCGGUGUGGGGAAGAAAUGAUCUGCAUGAAUCAAACCUGUGUCAAACUUGCAAAUUAUAUGGACAAUACGAGAUGUCCGUCAAACCAUGUAGGACUCGAAUGCUCUGGUCAUGGCGACUGUUCAAAUGUCAACAUUUGUCACUGUUUCGACGCUUGGGAGGGUUCAGAUUGUUCCACGGCAGGAAAAGAGCUCCCAACCACGGAAAGACCAGCCACACCCCUGCCUCCGAUAGAAAACUCGACUAAUAUCACGACCUCAGCCAACACCAGGGUCACUACCAAGAACUCCCCAGAAGAUGGGUCAAACACAAUUAUCCUCGUGUUUGGAAUGGUCUCUGUGGUGGGAGGGGUAUUUAUCUUAUUUGCUAUGAUGGCACUGUGCUAUCGUCGCUCAACAACUCCCAAAUUCGAGACGGCUCCAUACCCUCCAUUCAACCCAAAGACUUUCAAGCUCCCACAACCUCCUCAACCAACGACUCAUCAGCCACCUCAGCCUCCCCAAUUAAAUCACGAAGAAAUUGAUAAUAGGAUACUAAGUUUAACCCAGUUGCCUACCUAUAGAUUUAGGGAUCAACACAACAUGGGGAUGACGGGGUCAAUGAAGAAUUUGGGGAAUCUUGGCGGAGGUCAUCCUCAAGACGAUGAAACGGGAGACGAGACUUCGGCGUUUCUAGGUAUUUCGCCCAAUAGCGUUGGUGGCAAUCGGGGCAUUUUGAAAAAGUAUGUUGAGGAAGAUGGUUCUCAAUCAGAUAAUAAUGAGGGUCUGUGUGAGGUUGAGCGAACGUUGAAGUCUCUGAACGGCUACCAUGAAGAUAUCCUGGCAGCACUGAGGGUAGCAGCCGCUCAGAGAGGACUUGGGGACGCCAACGCCACUCCACCUCCGCAAGUUUUUAAUCAAGGUGGAACCCGGCUUUCUUCCGACGGCUACCCUGAAUUCCCAGACUUUUCGUCUGAAUUUCCCUUACUCAGGAAUUCCUCUGAUCGCAUUCCGCAGCCGGUGGACGACGAAAGUAAUGACGAUGGGGGUGGACCAAUCAGGAUUCGCAAUCUUGAGGAUUUACUCCGCCAAUUAGAACACCAUUCAGGAAAUCGCCAUCUUAGUCCAUGUGGUUCAGAGGAUAUACGAAUGUCAGAGACUGAAGCAGAUCGUCAUUAUCGUCGAGACUUGGGAGGUGACGAUGAAGGUUUCGUAUCUGGUCGUUAUAGAGGUCCAAUUGAAAUGACCUCAAAUAGACGGCCGUCGCCGUCAGACUAUGGACAUUUCGCUGCCGCCGCCGCAAUCAUCAGCCCAGAUGACUUAGAAAGUUGCAUCGAUGGCUAUGCAUCACCAUUUUCAUGUCCAUGCGUUUUCUGUAAUCAGCAAAAUAUGCUUCACACUUCAACGAGCGAAGAUGAGGAGGAACGAACCCAAGUCUCCAGAUCCUUGACGCCAAGAAAUUUGAAGCAUUUGUACAACCCUUCCGACGAAUCGUUUGGAUCGCAGUCUCCUCUCCAUUUAAAUGGUAUUCCAAUGCAAGUCCACCUAAACCGCUAUGCGAAUCCAAACAUGUAUCACCAACGAAAUGAUAGACAAGUUAAUGGGGGGAAUAAGCAGUAAAUUGUCAUUUGUUAUUAAAAAUAUGUACACUUACACAUUAACCUUUGUCGUGUAUUUAGUUCUUGUGUACCGAUGUGUAGAGAUAAUGAUGUUGGAUGUAUGAAUUUUUACGGCAAAUGUCAAUUACUCUGAAUAUACUCUGUAUGUAUGCGUAUAAAUAUAUCAGCAAGCAAGCGUAAACCCAUAGCUUUAAACAGGGAUAAUCAAUAGUCAAUUUGAUCAACUGUCAAUUCGAUCCGUUCAAAUAUGUAAUGUACAUAUAAUAAUCACUGUAAUCAUAAUAAUCAAAUUAACUAGAAUAUUUAUUUUAAUUCUGCUAGCAAUUACACAAUACUACAAUGUGAUGAAAAAAGGUUUUCUCUCAAAAACAUUUCGAAAAAGCCAUCAGGGAACAUGAACAUGAAUUCAUAUUUUAAGAGGAGUAUAGUAAGAAGCAUAGGAUUCACAUGCUGGGGAGGUUGGUGGUUAUUUAGUUAGUGGGUAAAUAAAUAUGUAGAUAGUUCUUCAAUGUCAGUAUUCACAUUUCCUUGAUUUUUUGACAGGCUCGGGUCCUUUCAAGCAUUUACAUCCUCAACGUUUUCCAGAAUAUAAACAUUGACUCUCUCACAUGGGAUACCCUUAGGCAUGAAAAAGAGAUCUGCCAAGUUACACUAGAAUAAGUUAUCAAAUUGUUGAUAAAUAUUGUACAACUACACUGCUGGGUACUUACUGAUUCCACUCAAAACUUUCUCUACCUUCCGGUCAUCGCUAGGUUUCAGUUACAAGAAAAAAGUUCUGGAAUUAAGUUAUCUUGUACCAGCAACCUCCAGGCUAACCACUUUUUGUGAUCAAAACCUACUUUAACAUACACCUAUGUAUUUAUAUAUCUGGUAGUCGCGUAUAUGAUAAAUAGUCUGUACUCCUCUACUAAAUAUGACAACUUUCUCCAAAAUCGUCCCCUCAACUUAUUCCCCUCCGGCCCUCCGUUUAGACACGCUCAAAUAUUUAGCACGCUUGUAACUUGUAUUCACGAGACAGUACUUACAUAUAUACUCAGUAUUGGCUAUUCAUAUAAUAUGUUAACUUGUAUUAUUAACACGUUUGACUUGCCUGGAAUUUGCACAUCUUUCAGUUUGUACACUCACAUAUGUAACAUAGUUAAAUGACCUUUCGUUGCUGCUGUGUGUACACAUGUACAUACAUGCGUGUAGCUCUAUUUAGUAUACACAUACUCAGUUUCUGAGAUUACUCAAUGUUUUUACUGCCACGUGAAAAUCAGCACCAUUUUAUAGUCAUCAGGUUGGAAAAAUGUGAUUGAAAUUAUAGCACGUUUAUAUGUCUAAUAAGUUAGUUUUUAUAUGAUACCGUCGGUUAAUUAAGUUUUCUGACAUUGAAUUUUAAAAUGGAUAAGAAUAGAUAAUUGAUGUCUUUGUUGUGAACGCAUUCACACUUUAAAAAAAUUCUCUUAAAUUCCGCAGAAUAAAAUUACCAUGUUUAAUGGUUAAGUGAUUAUGCGUAUUGUCACUAAAACUAUGAAGGUAAUAUGAGAAAUGUUUUUACUACUCCAUUGGAUCAUGGAAAUUGUCGUAAUUAUGAUAUGAUAGUCUAUAUAUAUUUUUAAACGCUACAGAUUAAAGCCAAUAAUUGAAUUAAUGGCAAGUGACACAUGUGCUCGUAUUAAUGUAGAAUAAAAGUGUUGACGAUUUAUGAAAAUCA